UUUGUUGCUUUAAAACGUUUCUGUGUUUGCUUUCAUUAAAGAUAGUAAACUAAGGGUUUAUCGGUUUUUUUCAUUGUGUACUGGUGUGGAGAUGGGCCAAUAGCGUAGAAAAAUAUUUAAAAACUUAAACAACAGUGUGCAUGUUUUACAGACGGCAUAGAUCCAGACACUCAUCCUCUCUAAUCAUCUAGAUACAGAUUCCAAGAAACCUUUCCAAGCCAAGAGCAUGUUGCGUCUUUCUAUUAUUUUCACUUUGUUGACAUGGACGGAUGGAAGCUCCAAAUUUGAUGUUAAUCGUCUACGAAGGUUUGCCGAAGCAGCCAUGGCCUGCAGUGAUAUCAGAGGACUAGCCGUAGCUGCAGUCACGAGAGACAGGACGAUUUUUACCGGCGGUUAUGGCGUGAGAGGUGUGGACGGGCGGUCGAAGAACAUGACAAAGUCCAGCCUUCUGGGGAUCGGCUCGAACACCAAAUCCUUCACAUCAACUUUGGCGGCAAUGGCGGUGGAUGAAGGCAACAUGGCGUGGGAGACCCCCCUCAAGAGUUAUUUUGGAGACAACUUCAAAUUGCAGAGUGACUAUAGAACAGAACACACUAAUCUCGUGGAUGUGUUAAGUCACAGAACAGGUAUGCUGUCUCUAUGGGGUCUCACCACCGCUGCCCCGAACUACACACUCCAAGAGCUCGUCAGCAAACUGCAGUAUUUUCCAGUGCAAUACGAGUUCAGAUCUCGAUAUCUCUACAGCAACUACGGCGUCACUCUAGGUGGAGCAGCUGUGGAGGCCGCCAUGAAUAAAACAUGGGAAGACUUACUAAAAGAGCGCGUAUUCGACAAACUCGGAAUGACGUCAUCAAGACCCGCUACAAGAAUGGAGCAAAGCGAUUGGUCAAGAACGGCUUUCGCUCAAACGUUAUACGGAGAUGGAAAGUUCCGAGAAAACGACGAGCCUGCCCUGGUACCCAUGUACGCAGGUAUAUGUCCGGCUGGCUGCAUCUACAGCUCUGCCCAGGACAUGGCCAAGUGGUUGAGGUUCCAUCUCAAUCAAGGUGUUACAGAGAAAGGGGAGCGCGUCUUUGCUGCAGAUUCUCUGUUGGAAACGUACAGCUGGGUAUUUCUGCCCGGGUCAGGCGUGGGUGCAUGGGUCGGGAGCACAAGUCCUGGCUACGGUCGUCAAACAACGACAACUGUUCUCAUUACAAACUUCAUUCUUGACCUUCUUCUCGGAGUCGAACCCUGGCUAAACGAGACAACGGUAUGUUCCUACCCGCACGGAGUCAAAUUCCCUCGUCCCCCUCAACCAAUAGAUCCCCCCGAUAUUUUGGAUCCGAUAUCAACUCCGUCCUCUCCACCGAGUGUUGAUCAAAUUAUUAUAGGUAAGAGGGGCUCAAGGAGGUCCUCCUUUGCAGAGGGUGACGUCAGAAAACACGGAGAAGAGAGGGAUGCAGAAAGUGAAAGAUUCUACAAUUCGUCUUUAGAAUCUACAACUUUAAAUGAUGAGGAAGAUGAAAGGUCUUUCGACUCCAUAACAUUUGCAGCUACAGAUGAAGAAGGGGGUGAAAGGUCUCAUAAUUCCACAACAUUUACAACAGCAGACAACGAGGAAGAUGAUGGAGACAAACCUAGGUCUCCUUCAGUCUCUGCACGAUUCCUUACAAGUAAAGUCACAGAACACUUCAUGAACGCUAGUCAGACUCUACUAAAGGACUACGUAGGAUCAUACAAACACCCAGGGUUCGGAACAUGGAGCGUUGAACUUAACGGUACAGUUCUCCACUACAAGUUUGGUCUUUUGCUGAGCGGCCAAUUGACCAAGACGUCAACUCGCGACUGCUUCCACCAGAGUGUGUCUCCCCCUCAAGCCUAUCGGAUGGAGCCGCAUGGCUCCUCACAGUCGGUCAUUUUCCACAGAGGCAAUGACGGUACUGUAUCCAGUAUUGAAGUGCCUUAUUUAGAGUACAGAAGCCCGCCCGUCUUUGUGAAAGCGUAG